AUGCUCUUGUCCUUAGAAUCGAUAAUGCGCCCUACUAGACACUCAGUACUGGAUGUUCUUAAGGGGAUACAUUUGGUAAUCCACACAAUAGUUCCUGAAAAGUAUCGCUUCUGGAAAUCCAACCAAAGUAGUGUUUGCAAAAGACCAAUUGCACCUGAAAUUGGGCCCCAAGUUAAAGUACUGGCGUUAGACUACGAUUUCGACCUUCGAUGGUCUCGUAGAACUGCUUUUACACCGACCAGUCGAUGUAAAUGUUCGGAGGGAAGUAUUCAAGGAUGCGGGGGACCUAUGCUUUACCAAUGGCGUAGUCUUCGUUGCAGAGAGAGGCUCAUCAGCAAUCCGUUUCAUUGAAUUGAAAGGCGAAGUACUUUUCAAACCCGGACGCCUAAAAUCGCGAGCUCAUUUGCUCUCGCAGCUUAGUCGUUUCAGAUUUUCACUUGAGGGUACAGGUCCAGUUCUACAGAAGCGGUUGACGACGCAUCUGAGAUCUUUAGCUGCGCAAGUCGAGAACUAAAUAAACAAAUUGUCCAGAUUAACCCACCUUUAAAUAAAUCAACUUCCAUCUGUGCGGCAAGUAAGGAUAUCCUCUUGUGUGCAGAUGAUGAGCAGAGAAGCAUAAUGCAGCUGGAGUUAGAGUAA